GGGGGGGGGUAGUAGCAACAGGAAGCACGCGUGCGUGUGACAGGAAGCGUGCGAGCGAGCUUUUCUGGCUUCUCGCUCAGCGGACGUUCCCCAGUCCACGCUCGCAAGCGGGGAGUGAGCGAAGCGAGCGCGCGUGGGGUUGUGAGUGGGCGAGCGAGCGAGCAGGUAGAAGCAAGUGAGAGCGGUUAGGCGAGCGAGUGUGAAUGAGUGAUCGAGCGAUUGACAGGGAGUGAGUGAGCGAGUGAUUUUAGCGAGCGGCAUUGAGUGAACAGCUGUGAAUGAGUGUGCGAGUAUGUGGCAGUGAGUGAGCGGUGAGCGAGUGCUCAUGAGUGUGUGCGUAAAGAGGGUGGUGCUGCGAGCGUGUGAGAGUAGGGGAGUGGUACUUCGCUUGUACGUUGGCAAGUGGCGAGUGGAGGUGAGCGGUAAGUGAGCUUCCGAUUCGAGUGCUUGCGAUGCCCGUCCACACCGCGUCUCUCCGCGUCGUCUCCCGUCGUGGCGCCCCAGCGUCGUCGCGGCAGCGGUGACGGUGGUACCAGAGAGGGAGGAGAGGUGACCGCGAGGAGCCGGGCCCUGUGGCCGCCAUGUCGGUACGCUCGCUGCACUCCGAGUCGAACAUGUCCGUGCGUUCCACCUUCUCGCUUCACGAGGACGAGGAUGACGAGGACCCGCUGGUUUUUGCCGAGCCACCGUCCAUCAAGCUGUGCUGCCAGCUGUGCUGCGGCAUCUUUAAGGACCCCAUCAUCACGACAUGUGGGCACACGUUCUGCCGCAAGUGCGCCUUGACGUCCGAGAAGUGCCCCGUGGACAACGCGAAUCUCACGGUCGUGGUGAACAACAUUGCUGUGGCCGAGCAGAUCGGGGAGCUCUUCAUCCACUGCAAGUUCGGGUGCCACGUGGCGGCGGGGGGCGGCGGUGGCGUGGGGGUCGCGGGGAAGCUGGGCUCGUGGGAGGUCGACCCCCGCGGCUGUCCCUUCACCAUCCGCAUCAGCGCUCGCAAGGAGCACGAGGAGAGCUGUGACUACCGCCCCGUGCACUGCCCCAACAACCCGAGCUGCCCCCCGCUGCUCAAGGUCAACCUGGCAGUGCACCUCAAGGAGUGCGAGCACAUUAAGUGUGUGCACGCCAAGUACGGGUGCCCGUUUGCGGGCAACCAGGAGGCGUUUGCUCUGCACCUGCCCUCCUGCCGCUUCGAGGGGCUCAAGGAGUUCCUGCAGCAGACGGAGGAUCGCUUCCACGAGCUGCAGCUGUCGCUCACGCAGAAGGACCAGGAGAUCGGCUUCCUGCGCAGCAUGCUGGGCAAGCUGUCGGAGCGCCUCGACCAGCACGAGAAGAGCGUCGAGCUGAAGUUCGAUGUGCUCGACGAGAACCAGAGCAAGCUGAGCGAGGACCUCAUGGAGUUCCGGAGAGACACCUCCAUGCUGAGCGACGAGCUCUCGCACAUCAACGCGCGGCUCAACAUGGGGGUCCUGGGAUCAUACGACCCGCAGCAGAUUUUCAAGUGCAAGGGCACGUUUGUGGGCCACCAGGGCCCCGUGUGGUGCCUGUGCGUCUACCCCACCGGAGAUCUCCUCUUCAGCGGCUCCUCCGACAAAACCAUCAAGGUGUGGGAUACGUGCACCAACUACAAGUGUCAGAAAACCCUGGAGGGGCAUGACGGUAUCGUGCUGGCGCUGUGCAUACAGGGGAACAAGCUCUACAGCGGAUCGGCAGACUGCACGAUAAUCGUGUGGGACAUUCCGACGCUGCAGAACGUGAACACGAUCCGCGCGCACGACAACCCUGUGUGCACCCUCGUGGCCUCGGCCAGCCUCCUCUUCACCGGCUCGCUCAAGGCCAUCAAGGUGUGGGACAUGGUGGGCACGGAGCUGAAGCUUAAGAAGGAGCUGACAGGGCUGAACCACUGGGUGCGGGCGCUGGUGGCCUCGCAGCACUACCUUUACAGUGGCUCCUACCAGACCAUCAAGAUCUGGGACAUGCGCUCGCUGGAGUGCGUGCACGUCCUGCAGACGUCCGGGGGCAGCGUCUACUCCAUCGCCGUUACAAACCACCACAUCGUGUGCGGCACCUACGAGAACCUCAUACACGUGUGGGACAUUGAGUCGAAGGAGCAGGUGCGCACGUUGACGGGGCACGUGGGCACUGUGUACGCCCUCGCCGUCAUCUCCACGCCCGACCAGACCAAAGUGUUCAGCGCCUCCUACGACCGCUCACUCCGGGUGUGGAGCAUGGACAACAUGAUCUGCACGCAGACGCUCCUGCGCCACCAGGGCAGCGUGACGGCGCUCGCCGUCUCGCGCGGGCGCCUCUUCUCGGGCGCCGUCGACAGCACCGUCAAGGUUUGGACAUCGUAACUGCUCCAUCGCGCAGAGCACCGGAUCCACGGCGGGCACCACCACGCCUCCGCUCACCGGCCCCCCCACCUCCCUGCAACUCGCGUUAAACCCUUGGGGGGUGGGGGGGGGCCCUUGCCCCCCGCCCCCCCCCUCCUCACAUGAAACGCGCCCGUCCCCAGCACGGCGACGGGACCACCGCCCUGCGGGGCCGACGCGUCCGGCACCGGUGACUUUCACCGACCGACGGUGGCGCUCCGAGCUCGGAGACGCACGCAAAGCCAGCGCUGGGGCCCGGCGGCGUGGGCGAUCGCUGGCGAGUGGAUUGUGGGGUGGUGGUGGUGGUGGCGGGGGGGGAGUGGCACAGGGGCAGGGGAACGGAGCCUGCUUCCCCCCCGGCUCCUGCCGAGGAAGAAACCACGGCGGGGUGGACGACAGCUGCAGAGGCAGCGGGCGGACGCGCACGGUGUGAAUCGUGGCGCGGUAUCGCGCGCCGGCGCCGUGAUGACACGGCGAUCUUUGUGACGCUGGGAGCAGCGCCGGUGCGACGACGGCAGCGGCUGCUCGUGCCGUUAGCAAGGGGUCGCUCGCCGCCGUGACCUCGGCUGGGGGGUGUGUCGCAAUCUCUCGCCACUGCACAGCGCCACGGCCGAGGUUCAACGCGGCGGUUCACUCUGCGGUAGUGGUGGUGGUGGUGGGAGAAACGGUUUGUGUACACAUGUACAGUUAGCGGUUGUAUAACAACAACAACAACAGCCGCCAUUCGCCACUAAGUGGCGGCGACGUCACCACGGUGCCUGUGCCAGGCCAGGUGCACUGAGGCCGUCGCAUGAAGUGUCGAAGGCUCGCUGCUGCCAGGAGGUCACGGGACAGACCCAGGUGCCAUGGGUUGACUGACUGAGACGACUGACAGAUGCACCAGCUGUGCACCACGUAGAGGGGACAGUUAGUGGUUGUAUAUAUAUACAUACACACCCAUACUCUCUAGAGACUUGCUGGCUGACGUUUGCCAACAGUACAACUGUAGAGAGUAUAUAUAUGCGCGUGUGAAAUUGAAAACUGUACGAUAGUUUUGAAAUACGCUUAGCGCCUGUGCUGUGCUGCGAUUGACCAAUCAUUAAUCGCCGGGAUUAUGCGGAGAAGGAAGCGAUGCAAAUUGUACAGAGUUGACGUCGCUGACUUUUGUAACUUGAAGGUGACUUGCCACAACACCGUGGCUUAAUCGGUCGCAUUUUAAAAUGUAUGUCACGCUGCUGUUAACACAACCUAGAUGCUGA